CAUAGCAGCCCGCGCGGAUGCUGCGUCCACGGUCCUCAGCGCGCAGCUCAGCGAGGGGGCACUCAUCACACAUCGCAUAGAAAAUCCAAAUAUUGCAUCGCCUCGCUUUUGAUUUACACUCUGAAGAAUAAGCGUAAUAAAAUAUCCACGGGCGUGAUACAUUUUUACUGUGUUCGGGGCAGUCAUCUCGGUGUCUCCAUCUCAAUUUUUUCCCUCUGCGGAUCCUCCAUCUAACCAGGCAACAACUGCACUAUUAUAGCCUAUUUUCGUAAUCUCCAUCCGUAGUUAAUACAAAACUGAACACCUGUGUGAUAGAGGACGACUUGAUAACAGCAAGUGAGUGAAUUCAGUCGCUGUCGAUGCGCUCAUCUGUAUUUCUCUGAAGCGCAUCCAGGAUUUUCCCUUUCCACAGCAAACCGCGGCAAUGUCCUUGGAGCAUGGCCUGGCUUCCUCACCAAUGCCCACAUCUUACACCCUUUGAAUCCUAACGCAUCAACGCGCCCGUUCUACAAAAUAUACCGCUCGAUCUUCUCCAUUUUCGUCAUCUCCCGCUCUCAUUCCUUGUGUCCUGAUGGAUUGGAAGCGUCCAGAUCCGUUGUUCUGUUGACCCUCGGGGUGAAGGGGUAGAGACUGGAUUUCUCAAAAUAGUGUCCGGCCGCUGUUGCUCAACUUCGUUCCACCGAUGGAGAGUUAGAAAAAGCACGUGCCACUACUGGGGUGGGAGAGGAGUGGAGGAGACUAGCCAAAACCAAAAACCCAUUUAACAAACCGUUGAGACUGCAUCGUGGAGAUCUGAAGAUCUGGAAGAGGGAGAGCUGUAUAAACGCGGAUCGAUUUAUUUAAGUAUUGUGGACCAAACGCCUUAAAGACCCAAGAUGUCUACUACAGCAACCAUGGGUGAGAUGGCUAACAGCGCAGUGGAGUUUUACCCCAAACGACGCGCAGGCAGUGCAGAGGCCAACCAUGCUGGUGACUUCGGGGUGACGUUGGAUGAGCUCCGGAACCUCAUGGAGCUACGAGGACCAGAGGCCUUGCAGAAAAUAGAGGAGAGCUUUGGAGAUGUAGAAGGCCUUUGCCAUAGACUCAAGUCUUCCACCAAUGAAGGUUUGUCAGAUAACCCAGCAGAUCUGGAAAAGCGCAGACAGACAUUUGGACAAAACUUCAUACCACCGAAAAAGGCCAAAACCUUCCUUCAACUGGUAUGGGAGGCAUUACAAGACGUUACUCUCAUCAUUCUGGAGAUUGCAGCCAUCAUCUCUCUCGGCCUGUCCUUCUAUCAGCCACCCGGACACGACGGAGAGGCCUGUGGAAACGUGUCGGGAGGAAUCGAAGAAGAGGGGGAGGCGGAGGCCGGGUGGAUCGAAGGAGCGGCCAUCCUGCUGUCUGUCAUAUGUGUAGUGUUGGUGACCGCUUUCAAUGACUGGAGUAAAGAGAAACAGUUCCGGGGGUUACAGAGCCGCAUCGAGCUGGAACAGCGCUUCGCCGUAGUGCGCAAUGGCAAUGUCAUCCAGAUCCCCGUCGCUGAGAUGGUGGUUGGGGACAUGGCCCAAGUCAAAUACGGUGACCUUCUACCAGCCGACGGGGUCCUGAUUCAGGCAAAUGACCUGAAGAUAGACGAAAGCUCCUUGACCGGUGAAUCAGACCAAGUUACAAAGUCAGCCGACAAGGACCCCAUGCUUCUCUCUGGUACCCAUGUGAUGGAGGGCUCAGGGAGGAUGCUGGUAACAGCAGUUGGAGUCAACUCUCAGAGUGGCAUCAUAUUCACUCUUUUGGGAGCUGGAGAAGGGGAGGAGGAGAAGAAAGAGAAGAAAGGCAAGCAGCCAGAGGCAGCUGUGGAGACCAAUCAGAAUAAAGCCAAAAAGCAGGAUGGAGCCGUUGCCAUGGAGAUGCAGCCCCUGAAGAGUGCGGAGGGCGGAGAAGUAGAAGAGAAAGAGAAGAAGAAAACCAACGUGUCCAAGAAGGAGAAGUCUGUACUACAGGGCAAACUCACAAAACUGGCUGUACAGAUUGGCAAAGCAGGUCUCGUCAUGUCGGCCAUCACAGUCAUCAUCUUGGUCUUGUACUUUGUUAUUGAGACGUUUGUGGUGGAGGGGCGGACCUGGAUGACCGAGUGCACACCCAUUUACGUGCAGUACUUUGUCAAAUUUUUCAUCAUCGGUGUGACUGUGCUGGUGGUAGCUGUGCCUGAGGGUCUCCCUCUCGCUGUAACCAUCUCGCUGGCCUACUCAGUUAAGAAAAUGAUGAAGGACAACAACCUGGUGCGCCACUUAGAUGCCUGCGAGACAAUGGGCAACGCCACGGCCAUCUGCUCCGACAAGACCGGCACCCUCACCACCAACCGUAUGACCGUAGUGCAGGCCUAUGUCAACGACCAGCACUUCCGUGAGAUCCCUGACCCCAGCCAGAUCAACUCCAACAUCCUUGAGCUGCUUAUCAACGCCAUAUCUAUCAAUUGCGCCUACACCUCCAAGAUCUUGCCACCAGAUGUUGAAGGUGGUCUGCCUAAGCAGGUUGGUAAUAAGACAGAGUGUGGUCUCCUGGGCUUCUUGCUGGACCUGAAGAGAGAUUACGUUCCUGUGAGAGAGCAGAUCCCAGAGGAGAAGCUCUAUAAAGUGUACACGUUCAACUCUGUUCGCAAGUCCAUGAGCACCGUGGUGCAGAUGCCGAAUGGAAGCUUUCGCCUCUACAGCAAAGGAGCAUCUGAGAUCCUUCUGAAAAAGUGUUCCUCCAUAAUUGGUACCAAUGGUGACGUGAGAAACUUCAGGCCACGGGACCGAGAUGAGAUGGUGAAGAAAGUGAUCGAGCCCAUGGCGUGUGAAGGCCUGCGGACCAUCUGCAUCGCUUAUCGUGAUCUCCCUGGUGACCCAGAACCCGAAUGGGAUAAUGAAGCUGAUAUCGUCGCCGAUCUGACCUGCAUCGCUGUUGUUGGGAUCGAGGAUCCUGUUCGACCAGAGGUCCCCGAUGCCAUUCUGAAGUGUCAGAGGGCGGGCAUCACUGUGCGCAUGGUCACUGGUGACAAUAUCAACACAGCACGCGCUAUUGCUGCCAAGUGUGGCAUCAUUCAACCUGGAGAUGACUUUCUGUGCCUGGAUGGCAAAGAAUUUAACCGAAGAAUCAGAAAUGAGAAAGGAGAGAUUGAGCAGGAGAGGAUUGAUAAGAUCUGGCCCAAGCUAAGAGUUCUGGCACGCUCCUCCCCCACCGACAAGCACACUCUUGUAAAAGGCAUCAUCGACAGCACUGUACUGGAGCAGAGACAGGUGGUGGCCGUAACCGGUGAUGGGACCAAUGACGGACCGGCUCUCAAGAAGGCAGAUGUGGGCUUUGCGAUGGGUAUAGCAGGAACUGAUGUCGCUAAAGAAGCAUCUGACAUCAUCCUGACCGAUGAUAACUUCUCCAGCAUUGUGAAGGCUGUCAUGUGGGGGAGAAAUGUGUAUGACAGCAUCUCCAAGUUCCUGCAGUUUCAGCUUACUGUCAAUGUUGUGGCCGUCAUCGUAGCUUUUACUGGGGCCUGCAUUACACAGGACUCUCCGCUUAAAGCAGUACAGAUGUUAUGGGUCAAUCUGAUCAUGGACACGUUUGCGUCUUUGGCUCUGGCCACUGAGCCGCCCACUGAAGCCCUGUUGCUUAGAAAACCCUACGGCCGCAACAACCCCCUGAUCUCCCUCACUAUGAUGAAGAACAUACUGGGUCAUGGAGUGUAUCAGCUCAUCAUCAUCUUCACACUACUGUUUGUCGGAGAGAAAAUCUUCAACAUCGACAGCGGCCGUAACGCCCCCCUACACUCGCCCCCAUCUGAACACUACACCAUCAUCUUCAACAUCUUUGUCCUAAUGCAGCUUUUUAAUGAGAUCAAUGCUCGGAAGAUCCACGGCGAAAGGAACGUGUUUGACGGCAUCUUCGGCAAUCCUAUCUUCUGCAGCAUUGUUCUGGGAACGUUUGGAGUGCAGAUUGUGAUUGUGCAGUUUGGGGGGAAGCCCUUCAGCUGUUCCCCUCUAAAUGUCGAGCAGUGGCUUUGGUGUCUCUUCGUGGGAGUCGGAGAACUGCUGUGGGGGCAGGUGAUCGCCACAGUGCCCACGAGUCACCUGAAGUGUCUAAAGAUGGCAAGCACCGGGCCGAGACAAGACGAGAUGACUGAAGAUGAGAUGGCCGAAGACGAGGAAGAAAUUGACCACGCCGAGAGAGAACUGCGCAGGGGCCAGAUCCUCUGGUUCAGAGGCCUUAACCGUAUCCAGACUCAGAUGCGGGUGGUGAAAGCGUUCCGUAGCUCCCUUUACAAUGGCAUUGAGAAACCCGCGUCCAGGAACUCCAUCCACGACUUUAUGGCGCACCCUGAGUUUCUCAUCAACGACUACAUUAACAACAUACCGCUGAUCGACGACACGGACAUUGACGACGAAUCCGAGUGGUCCAAGCACAACCAACACUUGCAUCCGGCCUUCCGAAAGCCCCCUCCUCCUCCGGUUCAGCAUCCGCAACGUUCCCACCCGCCCCGCCCCUAUCGCCAGUACAGCCUUCCCACCACACCUAACCGCAACAACAACGCCAUCGAGAGUGGCAUCUACCAGCCCAACCUCCCCACAGGCCCCAAUGGGCACAGGACAUCUCCCACUCAAGAGCCCUACCCUCUUCUUACUCUGGAGACAUCUCUGUGAGGGACUUUCCAGAGAAAAAUAACUUUGAUUACCUGCGAGUUAGAGUGACGGGGGAGGGCCUGGUGGACGUGUUAUACUCACUGAGCAGAAAAAGACAGUGUCCAUCACAUUGUGUCACUCUCGACACUCCCACCACCACUUAAAUACUCCUCAUGUAUCAACAACAACAGCUCCACAGGUAUCUAUCCUCUCACUGUGUGGAGAGGAGGCCAGUCUGCUGCGUGUCUGUGGUUCCUUUAGAUGGAUGGAUGGAUGGAAGUAGGUGAGGAAUCCAGACCUGAUGGACUUGAUGGUUAUUUAGUGCUGGUGACUCCGAAUGCAAAGAAAUAUAAGUUCCCUACAGGUGGACUAGGGGUCCAUUCACCUUACUGUCUAUCGGUGUUACCUAAAGUCAAUAUUAUUAUGAUAAUGUUUUGACUUCGUACUAUUUCCACCGUAAUCGUGAGCAGACUAUCAUUGACACAUCACAGUACAACUUUUAUUACUGUGUUACUGAUGCUUUAUGGAUUAGCUUUAAAACAUUUUAUUUACUUAUAUAUUUAUUGCCUGAUCAUGACAUCUCUGUUUAGUUUCACUAUCUCUCGCUCUCAUCUAUCGUAUCUCUCUCUCUCUUUGUCUGUGUGUGUUGUGUCUGUACUAAAGCUUAAAAAAGCGACAAAAAAGUACUAACAAAGCAAAGAUAUAAAUUUGAAGCUUGAAGCUUAGACUAAUUCAAUUAGAAUGCGUCUGCUAACAACAAAGACAAAACCAUUGCAGUACCGGUUUGAUUUCUGCAGUCCGAUUGUUGUUUUGAGGUCUGAUGUUUAAGGCCAGUUUGUAGCUUUGUAUUUUUUCAUUGCUCAUGGGUACUGAUAUUUUAAACAUUUUGUGGAAACGUUCGUGUUUAAAAUAUGGACUGGGAAAUCCCAUUUCAACAACACAGGUUGGAGUUGCGAAAUUUGGCCGUUUUGUUGGAUUUCCAUCAUAGCAAUGGCAAUCCAGCCAUUGUUAUUGCAUCUCACCUUGUUCAGAUUUGCUACAACAGCAAACUCAAGACUGGAAUGGGUUUGCCCAGACUCAACAUUUAACGGUGUCUCUUUUCUUUCACAUGGAAGCCAUUCAAGUGCAAAUGACACCAACAAAUGCAUCAACCCUUUAAACAUUUUCAAGAGAUUACAUAUGCGUUGUACAAACAUACCUGCAGGCCCUUUAAAUUCAUUCACACAUGCAUUGCUUUUUUCCACUUUAUGUAUAGAAUAUUUAUCAGAUUGUGAUAGAUAUCUGUGAUGAACUCAAAUACCUGCAGACUGUGGUCAGAGGGCAUAAACCAGGGUAGGGACAUCCAUCUUAUACUGCCACACCAUAGUUGAAUGAAUAUCAAAGAUAGGAACAAUGGACAAUCUUUGAGGGUGUCAAUAUUUUUGCACAAUAUCAGGAUUUGCUGCACUGGGCAAACGCUAAAUCGGUGACACGUUCAGAACCUCGUGUUGAUUGACACACUGUCUGACUAUUGGUCUCAUUUGCAGAACGUGUUGGCACACAACAAUAAUCCCUACGUGCAUGAAUCUCCAUGACAGUAUGUUUGAUUCAAUUACAUUCCAUCGACAUGCCUCCGAUCAGGGGUUACCUCCUUCUACACCCCAUGGCCAUCUUCUGGACUGGUACAGUUAUGAUCGUAUAAUCGAUGCAUUGCAACGUAAUACAAUCAUUUGGGUAAUGUGACCGGCACUUAUGCAACAGACUGCCCUGUCCACAGCUGUGAAUACGCUUCACGACAUGUAUAUAGGAAUCGCAAAAAAAAAAGAGAAAACCUUUAUCUGUAUAGAAUUACUUUUCUAGAUUGUCCAGUUUCAAGAAACUGGCAUAUAUUGGAAGCGGACAAUGCAAGCAUGAGCGUCAUUAGAUCAUGUCAUUGCAUUGGUCAGUUGUGUCUGUGCAGAGCAUGUUUAUAUCAUAGCACUCCUCACGGUCAUUGUUUGACUUCACUUUUGUCUGUUGAUGCUUAUCUGUGGCUCAAGCAGUUGGUGGACAUGUGUUUCUCUGCCCAGCUCAUCUGUGCUGUCAUUACGUGGUAUUGUCCAUGAAGUUCUCCUCCUGUUACCCAGCCCAGUUUUCCAUAAAAUAUGUGGCGAGGAACUUGGAGGCGCAGCAGUGUUCCAUUGCCAAUCUGAGUACUUGUUGAAUGCCAGUAGACACUCUGCUUAAAAUGGGUCGACCCAAUUUUGUUGCGUAGAGUUUGGAUCUUUAAAUGUGUGCUUCUCUGGUACACAGUAUGCAAACGUUUGUAAGUCAAAUGAAUGGGAUAUUUUAUACUACAGCGGGUGAACAAUACCUAUAAUCUACGGCAAGUGUGCAAUCGGUGGAUGCUUUUCUAUCCCAUAAGCCCACUGGAGCUGUUGAGCCAUCAAACUGGAAAACUGUGAGCCAGACUUUUUGAAUGUCAUAGCAGAAAGUUGUUUCUCAUGGUUAGAUUGUUCUUGUUUGACAACACCCGAGUAAACAGUUUUCCUGUUGGUUGUUAAUACAUCAUAAGUUAAAUUACAGACUGGUCAAGGACAAUGGCAACAUGGUGGUUGUAGCAUGUCCAGGAAUGUAUUCAUACACCUGUCUACUCUAAAUCAAUUUGUCUGUCUACCCAUUUUAAGCAGGACGAUGAAAACUGUCACUAACCUGUGUUAUAUCUGUAUGAGUGUGUCCGGCCUUUUGGUUGGUUCUCAGGCUCAGGCAGUUCCAGUGGAGUCUCUUAAGACGAGAGCGCUGGCAGGUCUAAGAGGCUGAACCCGUUUAAAGGCACAGACACAGUCAACAGGCCAAAGUUGUGGUCACAGAGGACUAAGAUAAAUCACUUAAUCUGCUAAACCAUAAUGAACAUUUCCUUGCCUUAUCCUCAGCCAAGCUUAACUACCAAAAUAGGCCUCUAGCUAUGCUCGUAUCUGAAUAAUUUUAAGACUAAACUAUAUCUAAGUCGUAUACCCCUAUCACUCAACUCUCCAGACAGUGAUGAUAUAUAUUACAGUGGCAUAUGUAUGGUAUUCCUCUUUUCCACCACAACAGUAAGCCACUUCAUCAAGACUCAAAAUCCUGAUAGAGUGACAAGAACAUAUAUAUAUAUUUAUAUAUAUAUAUAUAUAUAUAUAUAUACAACUGAAAAAAUGAUCAUUCAAAAUUCCAUUGUCUGCCUUCAUUUUGUUCCAUUCUGUUGUAGAAAAAUCACGCAAGGUAAGGUGAAAAAAAUGUAAUUUGAAAAAGAGUAAAUAAUAUAAUAUAUUUAAUAUAAAAGUUAUAAAUUAUUGUACAACUUCACCAUCACUGUACAUUUUUUGCCAAAAUGUGCACACGUGCAUCUUUUGUUUAUAUUGAAGCACAUUUUUUGUUUUACUCUUUAUUGUCUCUUACUAUCCUUUUGCUUUUUUGUAAAGAAUUAAAAUUGAACAGCUUGUACAUUAUUAUUAUUACUAUGAUUAUUAUGACUAUUAUGAUUAUUAUUGUCUUUUUCCAGCAGUGCUCUUUUAACUGAUGGAAAAAACAACUGCACAUUCUCCUGAACAUACACUUACUGCUUUACAAUGGAUAAAAGAGAAAAAAAGAGAAAAAAAAUCAACUAUUAAAUAUAUUAAUAAUUACCUGCCUGUUACUUAAAUGAAAAAAGUAUAUAUCUAUGAUGAAAGAACACUGCUGUAUACUGUAGACUAAACUGUAUGGAAAUCUAAGAAUUUAAUGGGAAAAUAAGUCAACACUUUUUGUCUGUAUAAAAAAAUCUAAUCAAAGUAUUCUACAAUAAUAACUUUGACCAGUGUCA